AUGAUGAGAGCAUCACUACCUGCCCUCUGCCUCGUGCUGCUCCUGUCCUGUGUUUGCUGGGCGAAGCCGAACGGAUCAAAGAACAAGAAACCAAAGCAAGUUGUUCCAGAGAUAGAGUGUGAUGUCAGAGCGGGAAAGAUCAACCUCCCAGAGUUCAUAGCCAAAUGUCCUGCACAGUGUAAAGAGACAAAGCAGCAAGUCUACGGGACGGGGGUGUUCGCCUCCAUCUCCAGCAUCUGCAAUGCAGCCAUCCACAACGGCGUCAUCACCAACUCAGGAGGAAAGGUGAUCGUAAGGAAGAUGGCCGGCCAGAACAUUUACAAAGGCAGCAACUCCAACGGGGUGCGCUCUCUGUCUCUACCAAAGUGGAGGGAGUCCUUUGUUGUCUCAGUGGGGAAACCAAAGAAGGGAGUCAUCUACCCGUCAACUCUGGACUAUGUCCCUUCAAGACCAACCUACGUGAAGACAAGUCAGAAGGAGGCCAAAUCCCCUGCGACCGCCACGCCGCUGACGACCACACCUGAACCCGCCACGACCACAACACCUGAACCCACUACCACCACUACCACACAGGCUCCAACCACCACCACCACCACACCUCCGCCACCACCCACCACUACCAAAGCUCGAGCUGCUGUGCACAAAGUCAGGGAUGCAGGCAGCAGUCACCCGUACCUUGCCUCUGUGGCAGCGGCAAGUUCAAGGAAGACACAAAUCAGUCAAGGACAGAGUCCCGGCCAAGUAUUCAGAGGAGGUGCCUAUCCGAAUAGAUUUCCACAGCGUACCAGUGCAGGUCUGCGCAGACAAGAGGCAGGGUCAGCUAUCAGGAGACUAUCUUCUCCAGUCGGCCCAGCUUUUAACAGGGUUCAGCCAGCCCAACCCGAGCGGACUCCAACCAUGAGCCAGUCCAACCCCGCUUUUCCCAGAAGGGAUUGGGCGGCCCCCUCCCUUCCUCGUCCCGAUUGGUUCCCUGGAGCUCGACGUCCAUCAGAUGUUAGCUUUGCAGCUCCAGACUCAGGAUACACAUGGAGCGAGACUGACACACCUGAGACCGGCGCUCGGGAUCAGAGGCCUGAUAUCUCAGACUAUGAGCGCUGGUAUUAUAACUUGGGACCGCACCCUCCACGAUCCACUGACUCAGAUGUCAACCAUAAGACGCCAGUGGAUGCGACCCAUACUCGAGUGGAGCCAGUGGAUGCCUGGAAACCAGAAGCAAACAUUUAUGAAUCAGGAUUCGGCACAAGGGAGCAAGAACCUGCACCAAGAGCCCCUGAGCCUGCGUCACAGGGAGACCCAAACUGUAAGGUGGACCUGGUCUUCCUGAUGGACGGCAGCUGGAGCAUCGGGAAGCGGCGUUUCAAGAUUCAGAAGGACUUCCUGGCUGAGGUGGCUCAGACCAUCAACGUGGGCGUAAAUGGACCCAUGAUGGGCCUCAUCCAAUACGGAGACGACCCCGUGACGGAGAUCAGUCUGAAGUCUCACUCCAACUCCAGAGAGCUGAGGUCGGCCGUAGAUAAGAUUGUGCAGAAAGGAGGCCUCUCAAAUGUGGGAAAGGCCCUCUCCUUCAUCAACAAGCAGUACUUCAGUGAUGUCAAUGGAAACCGUGGAGGGGCCCCCAACGUGGCCGUGGUGCUGGUGGACGGCUGGCCCACGGACAAGGUGGAGGAGGCCUCUCGUUCCGCCCGGGAGUCGGGCAUCAACAUAUUCUUUGUCACCAUCGAGGGCGCCGACGACCACGAGAAGCAGAACCUGGUCGAGGCCAACUUCGUUGACAAGGCCGUGUGUCGGACAAACGGCUUCUACUCCCUGCCCGUGACCAGCUGGUUCGCCCUGAGGAAGGCCGUGCAGCCCCUGGUGAAGAGAGUGUGUGACACGGACCGCCUGAUGUGCAGCAAGACCUGCCUCAACGCCAACGACAUCGCCUUCGUCAUAGACGGCUCCAGCAGCGUGGGAACAGGCAACUUCCGCACGGUGCUGCAGUUCGUGGCCAACGUCACGCGGGAGUUUGAGAUCUCCGACACGGACACGCGGGUCGGAGCCGUGCAGUACACCUACGAGCAGAGGCUGGAGUUCGCCUUCGGCCAGUACAACAACAAGGGCGAGUUGCUGAACGCCAUCAAACGCAUCAACUACUGGAGCGGCGGCACCAGCACCGGGGCCGCCAUCACCUACGCCGCAGAGCAGCUCUUCAGCAAAUCCAAACCCAACAAGCGCAAGAUCAUGAUCGUCAUUACGGAUGGCCGCUCGUAUGACGACGUCAGGGCGCCUGCACUGGCUGUCCAUCGCCAAGGUGUGAUCGCCUACUCCAUCGGCAUCGCCUGGGCCGCCCAGGACGAGCUGGAGUACAUCGCCACGGACCCCGACAAGGAUCACUCCUUCUUUGUGGACGAGUUCGACAACCUCUACAAGUUUGUGUCCAAGAUCAUAAACAACAUCUGCCAGGAGUUCAACUCACAGCCCAGGAACUGA